CUCACUAGCGCACACAACACACAAGCACAAAGAAAAAACAUUCCACUUCCGCAGAAGAGCCUGGCAGUGGAGGCUGCAGGUUGGGGCUCCUCGCCCCUCACCUUUCAGCCCAGCCAAGGCCCUAGGGCGCACCGCCCGCGUCAUUGGCCUCGCGUCCCCGCCCCGCUCGCACAGGCGGCGGUCAUGGCGGCCGCGCGGGUCCAGGCGCUGGCGGGCGGCGUGCUCCGCGGCCACGCUCCCUCCGCCCAGCCGCCACGUCCUCUCCGCGUCGCCGCGGGGUCGCCGCUGCAGCGGGGCUUAACUCUCGGCGGGGCCUUCCAGGGAGGGCGCGGCGGCUCCACAACUGGCCUGCACGACAAGCCGGAGAGCACGGAGAGGCUCCCAGCGAGCGGAGAGUUAACGGCGGCCGAGCGGCGGAUCGCGGAGCUGCACGCAGAGGCCUGCGCGGCCGGGCAGUUAAACUAUGUGGACCCAGCUACUGGUUCCUUCGUGUUCACCAGGCUGGCCCACUUGCAGAGAGGCGCCUGCUGUGGCUCCGCCUGCAGACACUGUCCAUAUGGUCAAGUCAAUGUUAAAGAUCCAUCUAAAAAGAAGCAAUUCAAUUCAUAUUUUUAUGUUUGACAAUGCUUUUUGUCUCUGUUCUCUGAUUGAACUUGUACUUAAAAAUAAAUCUCUUACUUCAGAA